UUUGACCAGUUUGAGUCCACCAUUGGUUUCAAGCUGUUGAACCAUCGAGCAGCGAAGCGUCUGUGGAAAGUCUGUGUGGAGCAUCACUCGUUCUUCAGGCUGAUGUCUCCAGAGGAGACUCCAAAGAAGUUUCUGUCUCUGGGCUCAAAGUUUCGGUACAGCGGGCGGACUCAGAUCCAGACCCGCAGAGCCAGCGCCCAGAUCUCCAGACCUGCACCGCAUUUCCCACGAUGCAUCAGCAAGAGGAACAUCCUGAGCCGCAGCCUGGACGGAGAUAUGGGCACAGGGCUGUACGCAGCAUCCAAAGCCAUCGCCGUCAGUGACCUCAUCACUACCGUAACGCCUGAGAGGACAAUGGAAGAGAGGGGGGCUGAACCAGUUGAGGAGGUGCUGAUGGUGCAGGAGAGGAUGGAGGAGAACAAAGAGGAGGUGCAGCAGGAGGAGGAGGAGACCAGAGCCACAGAGAUCUCUCAGCAGAGUCCUCCGACUCCUCAGAAACAGGACACCAAGACGGAGUUGACAGACACGGCUGCAGAGGAGCUGACAGCAACCGAGUCUGAUCAGGAUGAAGACUUGCGGACUCAGGAGACAUUGGGGAGUCCGGAGGAGGAGCAGAGACCUCAGAGCACCAUCAGUGCUCUGAGACGCUCCUUUUUAGAGGGAGGAGGAGAAGGAGGAGAAGGAGGAGGUCCGACGGAGUGGGAGAAACGUCUCGCCUCCUCACCACUGCGACGACUCGACGACUCGCCAAUGAUCGAACCGCUGGAGCCUGACGAG